AUGAAUGCUAUAGUUCUAGCCGUUCCUUAUGGAUUUGAAAGCGUAUUUAAUAUUUUUCAGCUAUGUGAUCCCUCCGUUGUGUACAAAUUGAAAAAUAUCGAGUGCAGUACUGUGACCGGUUUCUCGGCAAACGCUUCGUGCCAUUUAAAGGCCGUUAACUGGAACAAAGCGGUGGCCCAAAUGGACGUGGAUCUCGUAAAGCCGUUGCAUAACAUAUCAGUUCAACUUCAGCUCCUUAAAAGAGACUACAGUAAUAAGUUCCAGCUGUUUCUUAUAAAUGUCGUCUUAAAUGUUUGCGAUGUAUUAUCAAAGCGAAAUUUUAUGCCAUACGGCUUGAUGAUUCUUAAAGUUGCAAAGGAAUUUUCGAACUUCAAUCAUAGCUGCCCCUUUUUCGGUCAUUUAGUCGCACGCGACGCGUAUCUUCCCGUAACGUCUUUCCCAAACGUUUUCCCAUUGGGCCUUUAUAAAAUGAACAUCACUAUAAUGGAAAACUACGUAAGGCCGCCGAGCGCACACGUCGGAGGUAUUGUCUGGUUUGUCCAGGCCAUGCAGCCAAUCCAGACAAAGAAAAAUCCUAUCUUGACGCCAUUUGUUCGUCUAGGCAAGGUACAAAGGGAUUAAGUUCAUUCCACAUUUAAACUUUUUUACUUCUAA